AUGGCGAAAAGUUCCAGUAGACCGCGGAAGCGGCGCAACGUCGAACAAGCAAAGGUCACGCUCUACGACGCCGUCGCUGGUCGCGCAGGCGUCGAAGGCUUUCUCACCGAGCCAAAGCCAUCAAAACACCGCGACACCAUCAGCCAAAAUGCCGGCGCAGCUGUCCCGCCCGAAGACGUUCUUUUCCGUCAGAAGGGCGCGCCGGUGAGGUAUGAAGAAGACGACAUCUACAACGCAGAUCGCCACUUGGACCCUUCGAAGCAGCAACUGCCGGACUCGGAUCUACUGAAGGCUUUGCAUCGGUAUGCGUCAGACUGCUAUGCUAGGGUCGCGGAGGAUGGUGGGGAGAAAGACUGGAGGACCCUGGACGAGACGGCAUUGCUGGCGCUGGGAAUCUUGAUCGAGGAGGCGGCGAGGGAGGCGCUCGGGGAGACGGGGGAUCUGGCGCUUUUGGAACCUGCUCAGGAAGAAGGGUGA